AUGACACAGUUUGCGGAGAAUCUGUUUUCCAUGUGUCACGGGAUGAAGCGUCAACUGAUUGCUGAGCUGGAAACAAGAAAGCAGGAGUUAGAUCAGUUGCAAAAAAAUUCACCGGAUAAUCUGUCCCUAUCGGAAAAAAUGGAACAGGAACGUGUACUCGAACGGCGUGUUUCCACUUUGAACGCUCAAUUCAGUGCAUAUCCUCGCUUGAUCCGGCGAAUCCGGUAUGUGGUGGUCGAGACACUGGUGGAUCGGAUCCGGUCGAAUCUGGCGCAGUUUGUCCAAGCCUCGGUGAAGGUGGCCGGUGCUAAGAUAAUCGCUCAGCUACUGUUGGACAUGGCAGGAUGCAGUUCACAGAACGGAACUCCACGACUGGCCACAUCACAUGCGCCACAUUACAUUCCGCAUGUAUUUCGAGCGGCGCUCAAAUCGAUUCAAACCUCGUUGGAUUUGGACAGUGUGGUUAUUCAUCGCAAGCUAUUACAACUGGCCAUCCCAACAUCAACGUCUAUUGAAUACAGACCAAUGAAAGAUCGGGCCUUGAAGCCGGAACAAAUUUGUUUUGAUAGGUCCCUGAACCCGGAUCAAUCUGAUCUAAAUCCCCUACGGGUUCCGUUAGAUUGGCUUCCAACACAAUUGAAUGCCGGUGAAUUAGAGAAACAACUGGCGCGGGAGAUUCGAUGGAACCCGGCAGAAAUGCCUGAAUUGUCCGCCAUGUUUGCCCCCGUUGAUACACUUGUCGCCUCGCAUCGUGAUCGAUGGGAUACAGCAGAAAAUGGUUUGUCCGUGUAG